AUGGCUUGCUGUGUCACCCGCUGCUGCAGCGUCCCCACCGCACCCGCCACCACCAUCUGCUCCUCUGAAAAAUGCUGCCGGUGCGGAGUCUGCCUGCCCAGCACCUGCCCUCACACAGUUUGGUUACUGGAGCCAACCUGCUGUGACAACUGCCCCCCACCCUGCCACAUCCCUCAGCCCUGUGUGCCCUCCUGCUUCCUGCUCAACUCCUGCCAGCCCACCCCAGGCCUGGAGACCCUCAACCUCACGACCUUCACUCAGCCCUGCAGUGAGCCCUGUGUCCCAAGAUGCUGCUGA